GAGGAGAGGUUUUAAAUGAGCCCCGGCGCCUUUGUUAUGCAAGUGCGGUGGCAAGAUGUGAAGCGCGGACUAGGCAGCGCCUUUGAGAGAAACGCUUCCUGCCUUGGCGAGGACCGUGGCUUCUGAGGUGCUCCCCAGAAGGUGCUGGAUGUUGAAGCUGCAGAGGUUUAACUGUUGCAACCAGGGCAGCUGGUGAAGCUCCUGCUCUUCAUUGCCACUUGGGGCAGCUGGCUGGAGCAUAACAAUCCAGGCUGGAACCAUGGACUCUACCAGGGACCCCCAUGUGAAGGUCCUCAGUAAUGUCAAUGACUAUGUCAACUAUGAUAUCAUUGUCAAGCAUUACAACUUCACAGGGAAACUUAACGAGAAAGCAGACAGCGGGAUCAAAGCGUCUUCGGUGGUCUUCAUCAUCAUUUGCUGCUUCAUCAUCCUAGAGAACAUAUUUGUUCUGCUGACCAUCUGGAAAACAAAGAAGUUCCACAGACCUAUGUACUAUUUCAUUGGCAACUUAGCACUUUCAGAUUUGCUGGCUGGAGUGGCUUACACAGCCAACAUUUUGUUGUCUGGGAGCAAGACCUACACUCUCACUCCUGUGCAGUGGUUUCUUAGGGAAGGGAGCAUGUUUGUGGCACUGUCAGCUUCUGUGUUCAGCCUCCUGGCUAUUGCCAUUGAAAGGUAUAUUACGAUGUUGAAAAUGAAGCUCCAUAAUGGUAGUAACAGUUUCCGUUCUUUCCUGCUGAUCAGUGCUGUUUGGGUCAUCUCGGUGAUACUAGGGGGCCUUCCUAUUAUGGGGUGGAACUGCAUCAACACCUUACCAAGCUGUUCCAUUGUGUUGCCCCUCUACCAUAAGCAUUAUAUUCUCUUCUGCACCACGGUGUUCACUGGUCUCCUGUUGUCCAUUGUGGUCCUGUACUGUAGAAUCUACAUCUUGGUGAGGACUAGAAGCCGUAGGCUGACCUUCCGGAAGAAUGUUGCUAAAGCCACCAGGAGUUCAGAGAAGUCUUUGGCUCUGCUCAAGACAGUGAUAAUUGUUUUAAGUGCAUUUAUUGUUUGUUGGGCUCCCUUGUUCAUACUACUCUUGCUGGAUGUGAGGUGCAAAGUCCGGUCCUGCCCGAUCCUCCUCCAAGCUGAAUAUUUCUUAGUUCUGGCAGUUCUCAACUCUGCUACAAAUCCUAUCAUCUACACACUGACCAACAAGGAAAUGCGGAGGGCCUUUGUCAAGAUUGCGUGCUGCUGUAAGUGUCCCAUCACAGACUCUGGGACCAAAUUCAAAAGACCAAUCAUUGGAGGGAUUGAGUUCAGCCGCAGUAGGUCUGAUAAUUCCUCCCACCCACAGAGGGAUGAGGGCGAUGCUCCAGAGACUAUGAUGUCAUCGGGUAAUGUCACUUCAUCAUCUUAGGCGGUUUCAGAAAGCACCUUGACAUCAGACAUAGGGGAAUGGUUCUGCUCAUUUGCCUGCAAGCCAGAAUGAGAAGGCAUGUGGGAUUAAAAAGGCAGCGAGAUAAGUCCGAACAGGGAAAGUGGUGUGCUUACUUCGAUACUGUUGAUGACAAUGGGGAAGAUCAUGUCAUCUGAUAACAUUUUCUCCCUGGAAGCUUAUGUCUUAUUUUUGUCUUUGUACUGAGGCAGCUGAGGGUUUGGUCAAGAUUUAGUCA